UACAAAGUAUACCAUCACCCUUUCUUUCCUAAGCCUAAGUUCAAAGUCCAAAAUGGCAGAAGAUUUGAAGCUAAUUCGUUCAGAGUUUUGUCCAUACUGUCUCAGAAUAGUGCUAGCCGUGGUUAUGAAAAGGUUACAAGGUCGGGUAGAGGAAGAAGACCUCUCCAACAAGAGUGCUUUACUUCUUGAAUCCAACCCAGUUUAUAAAAAAGUUCCAGUGCUUAUACACAAUGGAAAAGCCAUUGCAGAAUCACUUGUCAUCCUUGAGUACAUCGACGAAACCUGGCCAGAACCUCCUCUCUUGCCUAAAGAUCCUCAAGAAAGAGCCAACGCUCGUUUCUUCGCUAAAUUUGUAGACGAAAAGAUCGUGCCAACUGCUGACAAGGUAUUAACAGCAAAAGAAGAGGAGAAAGAUGGGAUCCUUAAAGAACUCCAUGAGCAGAUGAUGUUUAUUGAGAAAGAGUUAAUAAGACUGGAAAGUGUUGGAGAUGGGCGUCUUGGGUACUUUGACAUUGUGGUGUACUUCAUUUUCUAUGAGUUCCUGCUCAUCAAACAAGUUACAGGAAUAGAAUUGAUCGAUUUUGAUAAGCUUCCAGCUAUAACCCAGUGGAUGGGGUUGCUUGGUGAGGUGUCUACAAUCAGCAUGUAUUGCCUGCCUCCAGAAUACAAAUAUAUUGAUUCCAUUAGAGCUCGCAUUGAAGCUGCAAAAUCUGCUUCUGAAUAGAGAGCAGAGUGCCGCUGCAGUUAUUACUUUCACCAUUCUGAAAUAAAUUGAUGCUUUCUUUUGUUCUUUUUCCUUGUGUGUGAUACUUAUGUUUGUCACCUCAAGCAAUAAUAAUUAAUUACCAGCCUUGGAGUUGUCCAGGUGAAGAAGAUUUUAAUCUACACAAGAUUAUUAUA